AUAUUGGUUGCAACAACAUAAGCAGCUAAACUAAAACCCCAGAACCAGAACCUUGAAUGGUGGGGAUCAGUCUGUACAAUUAAACAUUUAAAGCAGGUGACUUGAUGAGUUUGUUAAUAACCAGUGUUACUGGUAUAUGUUUAGGAAGCAGUAGUAGUUGUAAUUGAGAAUGAAUAAUGACAUGCAUGAAUAGACGUGACAUUGGGCAUAGGCAAUCCGAAGAAGCAAGAAGCGUCAGCAGCUGGCAAAGGUUAAGUAAUUGGUUUGAAGUUUGAAGGGGAAUGAUGAAUGGUGAAUUUAGCGUGGGUAAAUAAGGGAGGGUAGCGUAGAAAGGCAACAAAGAUUAAGAAGUAGGGUUAUUACUUAUUAAUGAGAGAGGAUAGGAGACUCCAACAGGGACAUGCUUGCCUUUGCCUCCCAUGCUCCCAUCAUAGGGAUUACGGGGUGAGAGGGCCCCACCGCCACUGCUUAAUCAAAACAGCUAAGUAACAUAUCACCCUCGCUAACUCUAUAUCUAAGCCCUCAGCUUCUGACUUGGAAUUGACAACCACCAACAACACAUAAAUACACUAUCUGGUAGCUCCUAGCAAGAAUCCAAUGGAUCCGUGCCCAUUCUUACGCCUCACCAUUGAUUCACUCGCUCUCAAGCUUCCUUCUCCCACCAAACCCUCUCCCCUCUCCGGCGUCCACCCUUCCACCACCCCUUGCUUCUGCACCAUUCACGCCAAGUCCCUCCCUUCUCAAACCGCUCUCCUCCCUCUCUCUUCCAACUCUACCCCCGAAACCACCACCUCUGCCCCCUCCUUCCACCUCGACUCCACCGCUCUCCGCCGCCUCUCCGCCAAGCCCCUCCCAAUCACCAUCUCCGUCUACAAUGGCCGGAUGUCCCACACCUGCGGGCUAAGCGCCGCCAAGCUCCUCGGCCGCGUGGUUGUCACCGUUGACCUUGCCAAUGCACUGUCUCGCCCCAUGACCUUCCACACUGGCUGGCUCAAGCUGGCCAAGAAUAGGCAUCGAGAGGAGAACAAGCCAUGGGCCCGGCUUCACGUGGUUGUCCGCUCUGAACCGGACCCUCGGUUCGUGUUCCAGUUCGGGGGCGAACCGGAGUGCAGCCCGGUGGUUUUCCAGAUUCAGGGGAACAUCAGGCAACCCGUUUUCAGUUGCAAGUUCAGUGCCGAUCGCAACCACCGAUCCAGGUCUCUUCCCUCGGAUUUUAACAGCAAUAAUCCCCGUAGAUGGAGAAGAUCCUUAACCGGUGAUAGAGAACGUCAAAAUAGGGACAGAAAAGGUUGGAUGGUCACUAUUCACGAUCUCUCUGGCUCACCAGUGGCUGCAGCUUCUAUGAUCACUCCAUUUGUCCCUUCCCCUGGCUCAGACCGCGUAUCACGAUCGAACCCUGGCGCCUGGCUCAUCCUCCGGCCUAAUGGGGCAUCGGUGAGUGGCUGGAAGCCAUGGGGCCGUCUAGAGGCAUGGCGAGAAAGAGGCCCUGUGGAUGGCUUGGGCUACAAGGUUGAGCUGUUCUCAGAGACUGGACCUGCCAAUGGAAUCCCCAUUGCGGAGGGCACAAUGAGUGUCAAAAAGGGUGGCCAAUUCUGCAUUGAUUACAAAGUGAUGAAGGAUUCUGGCUUGGGUUCGAGGUUACCAGGGGACGGCUUCGUGAUGAGUUCAAGCGUGGAUGGCGAAGGCAAAGUUAGCAAGCCUGUUGUGCAAGUUGGGGCACACCAUGUGAAAUGCAUGCCUGAUGCCGCUUUGUUCAUUGCUCUCUCUGCUGCCAUUGAUCUUAGCAUGGAUGCCUGCACCCUCUUCUCACAUAAACUCAGAAAAGAGCUCUGUCAUCAUGCCCAAGAUUCCUUCUUCUCAUAGCUUUCAUCGGUGUUCUUGCUGCUCCAUUUUUCUUUUUAGCUAGUCAUUCUUUCAGCCAAUUGUUUUGCGACAUUCUUUUUGCCUUCAUGUUGGAGUUCUUGAAGCUUCAGCUGAUUUGGUUUGUUUAGGUUCUUAUUCGCCUCCGGCACUACUUCUGCGUGCAUUUUGAAUUUUGAUUGAUUUCUUCUAGUUCUAGUAUGAGUGUUGUAGUAAAGACUAAAGAGAUGUCACACAAAGUUGUUGGGUUGGGUAUUAACAGCUUACAUUAGGGUAGUUAUUGUUUUCGACAGCUGAAACUGGAUUGCAUGUAUAAAACUGUACAGAAUAUAUCAGAUUCAAAUGUCUGUUUAUACUUA